CAUCAAAGUUCUUGCAAGGUUUCACAUAAAUGCCAGGUAUGUGGUGUAUUCCUGUAUCAAAAGAGUGGAUUAAAAAAGACAUAUAAAACUUACACACAUGAAUGAGAGAAAAUACCAGUGUUCUACAUGCCCUUAUUCUGCCAAAACAGCUCGGAGACUUAAAGAACAUGAAUUGAGUCAUAGAAGUUGUCAUCCGUACUUUUGUGACAAAUGUACAUUUACAUGUGUUCAAAGAUACCAACUAAAGUCUCACAUGAGAACACAUACUGGGGAGAAGCCGUAUAAGUGUUCACAAUGCAAGUUUGCAGCUGCAUGGAAUGUUCAGCUAAAGGAACACGUCAAAGUUCAUGGGAUGGAAAACACAGUUGCAUGUUCACAUUGUGAUAUUGUUUUUCGUAACCAAAAAGCUUUAAAAAUGCAUGAGAAAAAAGAUCAUCCUAAAAUUCAUGGAAAUAUUAAAAAAUCGAAAAAGCGACGAUAGUUAAUGUUCAUACUUGUGUUUAGCUUGUAAAACAUGCUUCUUAAUGAAUAAGUUUUGAACAUAAAUUAGGGAUAUAAUAAAAUUAUUAUUAUGUUUGCCAGAAUGACAAGUUGAUUAUUGAGUAUGAUGUUUUUAUAUUCAUGUACACUUUCUUGCUUUGUUUUCUGUUAAUUGCGAAAAACAAGUAUGUAAUAGAAUAAUAUAGAAAUAAAACUGAACUUGACUCCAAGAAGUUUGAAACUACAGGCCUUUGUUUUUUGGACUGAUUGACCA